AAUUUCCUGAUUUACAAAUAUUAACUUUUUCGUUUGCCGUCAUUCACAAAUAUUAAAAUUAUUAAGGCAAUUAGAAGUAGCAUUAAAUUGUGCACAUAAUAUGAAUUCCACAUGUAUUUCUGAUACAACCUACUUUGAUUCUUCCGAAUUUUUAUCGAGUUCCUUACAUAUUACGUCAGCCAUUUCAACGCCUAUUCACUUGAUCGCUAUUUAUAUAAUUCUUACAAAAACACCAGAUUUUAUGAAAUCAAUAAAAUGGUAUUUGAUGAACUUGCAUUUAUGGAUAAUUUUAUUUGAUUACUCUCUUGGAAUUCUCACUAUUCCAGUGCUCCUGCUACCGUACCUUGCAGGAUUUCCGGUCGGGUUACUCGCUAAUUCUGAUGUUCCAAUAAUAUUACAAGUUGUGUGGGUCUUCACCUUUCUUGCUUACGUUCACGUGUCAAUAACAGCUUUGUUUGAAAAUAGAUUCUACCUAAUUUGUGACUUUAGUGGGAAAAACUAUUGGACUGGGCUGCGAUGGCUAUGGUUAAUCACACAUUACAUUGCAAUUGGUUUAAUUUUCAGCUCUUUUGCACUUUUGGUUCCAGAUCAAAACGGUGCUUUAGAAUCUAUAUUUAAGAAGCUCCCAUGUCUUCCCAGUAAUUUCUACAAAGUAUCAAUGUUUGUCUUAGCUGAAGAUUAUACUUAUCAUUUUUGGGCAUGCUUUUUCAUAUUUUCUACGACCAGUACAGAGGUGUUCACAUUUGUUUGUUUUAUUUGUAUGACUUUUUCGCAACAAAACAGAAGAAUAACAACAUCCUCAAGAACUUUAAACCUUAAGAAAGCUAUUUUCAUUGCGUUAAUUAUCCAAAUGAGUGUAAAUGCAUUUCUUCACUUGAUCCCACUUUUAUAUGCAUUCAUCUCAACGGUUUAUACGUAUUAUAAUCAAAAAAUGAUGAACUGGUGCACGAUAAUCAUAUCAAUGCACGGAUUUGUGAGCACUCUUGUGAUGCUCCUUGUACAUAAACCAUAUCGAGAUACGCUUUUGGGAUUGAUGAAACGACGAAGUUCGCGAAGUCAGUCAACUGUUCAAAAUAUAUUCUCCAUGAAAGUAACAGAAAUGAAAGUGUGUUAUCUUUGAUUGAUGCUGCCUUGAACAUUUACUAAUAAACUUUUUUUAU